AGGACGUUGAAACAGUUUAAAAGUCAUAAAGUUUUUAGUGGUCUGCUAUUAUUCAGUCAAACUCUUCUUUAAGGUACUUUUAUCGUUCUUAACCGUUUCAUGAAUAUUUUAUCGAGCAUAUGGCGGGACUUGAGCAGUCUGGAAACACUUUGGUGUUCUUCGUCAAUGGGAAAAAGAUUACAGAUGAUAACCCUGAGCCUGAAGAAACACUACUGAGCUACAUCAGAAAUAAGUUAAAGCUGACAGGAAGUAAGCUAGGAUGUGGAGAAGGAGGAUGCGGAGCCUGCACAGUGAUGAUCUCAAGAUACGACAGACAAUCAAAACAGAUUCAACAUUUUUCUGUGAAUGCUUGCCUAGCACCUGUUUGUUCAGUACAUGGAAUGGCAGUUACUACAGUAGAGGGGAUUGGCUCAACAAAGACACGCCUCCAUCCAGUACAGGAGCGUAUAAGUAGAAGUCAUGGGUCUCAGUGCGGGUUCUGUACUCCGGGGAUUGUCAUGUCUAUGUAUACUUUACUGAGGAACACGCCCCUCCCUUCAACCAAUCAGAUGCAACAUGCCUUUGAAGGAAAUCUCUGUCGCUGUACAGGAUAUAGACCCAUCCUGGACGGAUUCAAAACUUUCACCAAAGAGUUCAAAUGUCAGAUGGGAGAAAACUGCUGUAGAAAUAAACCAGCUGAAGAUAUGCAGAUUCAGGAAAAUGGCUUAGACAAAGAUACGACAUUUACAUCUUAUGACCCAACUCAGGAACCAAUAUUCCCAAGUGAACUUCAACUUACAGAUAAAUAUGACAAAAUGAUGAUGUCAUUUCGGGGUGAGCGCACGUCAUGGUUCAGACCUGUCACUAUAGCCCAACUCCUUGAUGUGAAAGCCAACAAUCCCAAUGCUAAACUUGUGUGUGGAAAUACUGAAAUAGGUGUAGAGACCAAGUUCAAGGGACUACAUUACCCUGUUCUCAUAUCAGCAACCCAUGUCCCAGAGUUAACCUGCAUAGAGUAUAGCCAUACAGGGGUAACAAUUGGUGCAUCUACUACACUUAAUGCUAUCCACGAUUCAUUCCAAGAGAAAAGAAAGCAACUUAAAGAAUAUGAAACAAGGGUGAUGGUUGCCAUCAACGAGAUGUUGCAGUGGUUUGCUGGACAACAAAUCAGAAAUGUUGCGGCAAUUGGUGGAAACAUAAUGACUGGUAGUCCUAUAUCUGACCUUAACCCAAUUUUCAUGGCUGCUGGCAGUACAUUGACUUUACAAUCCUUAGAGGGUUCCAGAAAGGUAGCAUUUGAUGAAAAUUUCUAUACAGCAUAUAGAAAGAACAUCGUGCGACCUGAUGAAAUACUGGUCUCUAUUUUCAUUCCCUACACAUCUGAGAAAGAGUAUUUCUAUGCAUACAAGCAAGCUAAUAGGAAAGAAGAUGACAUUGCCAUCGUUAAUGCUGGGAUGAAAGUGAGACUGGAUGAUGAGCAAAAGGUUCAGAAAAUGUCACUAGCUUUUGGUGGGAUGGCUCCAACUACAGUCCUGGCUCUAGGCUGUUGUAAUAAGGCAAUAGGAAGAACUUGGGAUGACAAAUUAUUGGAGGACGUCUGCCAUUGGUUGGAGAAUGAUCUUCCAUUGUCUGACAGCGCACCUGGUGGUCAAAUACAGUACCGACGUACACUAACAACAAGUUUUUUCUUCAAGUUUUUCCUUCAAGUUAAAUCCUACAAGGUUAAGCUUCACGGAAAGGAUUUAACAGCAAUCAAGGAUUAUGAAUGGGAGGAAAGAAAAUCAGUUCAAAUUUUCGAAAAAGUUCCUGAAGGUCAGCAAGAAAUUGAUCCGGUUGGUCGACCAGUUCCACAUGUCUCUGCAGCCAAGCAAGCUACCGGGGAAGCAAUUUACUGUGAUGAUAUGCCACAUUAUAGUGAUGAGCUUUACAUUGCACUUGUAUUGAGCACAGUUGCACAUGGAAAGAUUCUCAGCGUUGACACAAAGAUGGCGCUAGAGAUUCCAGGCAUUGUGGGAUACGUUGAUCACACAGAUGUUCCAGGGAGCAACGACACUGGCCCGGCAGCUUUGAUUGAUGAAGAGAUUUACAGAAGUGAAAUGGUGACUUGCCAGGGGCAGAUUAUUGGAGCCAUAGUUGCUGACACACAGGCUCAUGCGCAGAGAGCUGCUAAACUUGUUAAAAUCCAGUAUGAAACAUAUGAUCCCAUUAUAACCAUCAAAGAGGCCAUUGCCAAGGAUUCAUAUUUUCCAACAGAUAGUGUUAUUGUUAAUGGUGAUGUUGAAUCAGCCCUGAAGGAGGUAGAGAACACCCUUGAGGGGGAGAUCCAUCUUGGGAGUCAGGAACACUUCUACCUGGAGACUAAUGCUGUAAUUGCUGUCCCCAAAGGAGAAGAUGGGGAAAUGGAAAUUUUUGCAUCAACUCAGAACCCGACCACCACUCAGAUGCUGGCAGCUCGUGCACUUGGGGUACCUGCAAGCCAUGUUGUCUGCAGAGUUAAGAGAAUGGGUGGUGGAUUUGGUGGAAAGGAAACCCGUUCUAUACCAGCACUUAGUCUACCUGCUGUAGUUGCUGCCCAAAAGUUUGGGCGCCCUGUGAGAUGUAUGUUGGAUCGUGAUGAAGACAUGCUGACCACUGGAACUCGCCAUCCUUUAUAUGCCAAAUACAAAAUAGGAUUCACCGCACAGGGUAGAAUUGAAGCUCUGGAUGUGGACUUGUACCUGAAUGCAGGCUGUAGCACAGACCUGUCAGCUGCUGUUAUGGAAAGAGCCAUGUUCCACUCUGAUAGCUGCUACAAGAUUCCAAAUGUUAGGGUCAAAGGUCACCUUUGCAAGACAAACAUUCCAUCCAAUACUGCAUUCAGAGGAUUUGGAGGCCCACAGGGAUUGAUGGUCUGUGAAAACUGGAUAUCUGAUGUUGCAUCGAAGCUAGGAAUUUCACAAACAAAGGUUCGUGAAAUGAACAUGUAUAAAGAGGGAGACAAGACACACUACAAUCAGACAAUAGAAAGGUGUAACAUUGAAAGCUGUUGGAAGCAGGUUCUAGAACAGAGCAACUACCACAAACGUUUGGAACAGAUUGAUGAAUAUAACAGGGAAAGCAGAUGGAGGAAACGUGGGAUAGCAGCUGUACCAACUAAGUUUGGCAUCGCAUUUACAGCUACAUUUUUAAACCAAGCUGGUGCCUUGGUACAUGUCUAUACUGAUGGUUCUGUCUUACUUACUCAUGGAGGAUGUGAAAUGGGCCAGGGACUGCAUACCAAAAUGAUUCAGGUUGCAAGCAAGACACUUGGCGUAUCUGCAGAGAGGAUCCAUAUUAGUGAAACAAGUACCAAUACAGUCCCCAACACAUCAGCCACUGCUGCUAGUGCAAGCUCAGACCUCAAUGGUAUGGCUGUAUUACAAGCUUGCCAGACAAUUAAAGACAGACUCCAACCAUUUGUGAAGGCUAAACCUGAAGGAACAUGGAAUGAUUGGGUAAAUGCUGCAUACUUUGAUCGUGUAAGCCUCUCUGCAUCUGGAUUCUACAAGACACCUAAUCUUGGAUAUGACUGGGAAACAAAUUCUGGGAAUCCUUUUAAUUACUUUUCAUUUGGAGCUGCAGUGUCUGAGGUGGAGAUUGACUGCCUCACUGGCGAUCACAAGGUUCUUAAAACCGAUAUAGUGAUGGACCUUGGGAGCAGUCUUAACCCAGUCAUUGACAUUGGCCAAAUAGAGGGAGCAUUUGCACAGGGCUAUGGGCUGUUUACCCUUGAGCAGCAUAAGUACUCUCCCAAUGGAACACUUCUUACACGAGGACCUGGGGCAUACAAAAUCCCAGGAUUUGGAGAUGUGCCAAUAGAAUUCAAUGUUACACUCUUGAAAGAUUCGCCCAAUCCAAAAGCAGUUUAUUCAUCUAAGGCCAUUGGAGAGCCGCCUCUGAUUCUUGCAUCUACUGUGUUCUAUGCCAUUAAACACGCAAUCACAUCAGCGCGUGCAGACACAGGGGUCACCGGUGUGUUUAGACUGGACAGCCCAGCUUCUUCAGAACGUAUUCGCAUGGCAUGCUCAGAUGAAUUCACAAAGCAGUUCCCAGAACCAAAAGAGGGCAGUUUCACUCCUUGGUUUGUUCAACAUUAGUAUGUUACAUUAAAUCCAAUUGGCUCAAAACAAUGAUGACAUCACCAGUGUGCUUGUAACAUUGAAUCUGACUGGCUUAUAAC